AUGAGUAACGAGAAGGGAGAGUAUGAACACCAACACCCAGAUGACCGGACCACCCCUUCGCCAUCACACGAUGUCAUCAAGCCGGGGAAUGAGAAGAUUCGAACUGUCAACCCCCUCCAGGAGGUGCUGAAGGAGGAACCCCCACACCCCUGGUCAUGGCCGAUGAUCCGGCUCUACGGAUGUCUUUGGGUUUCAUAUCUUUGUUCAAUGACUAAUGGCUUUGAUGCCAAUACUUUCGGUGGGUUUACGGCUAUGUCGACCUUUGAAGACUAUUUCAACGUCUAUGGCGGCGGCGAACUUGGCUUCAUGGUGACUAUGUAUAUUAUCGGCAACCUUGUUGGUGGUCUUUUCGCCGGUCCGAUAACUGAUCCGUUCGGUCGACGUUUCGGCAUGAUUCUCGGCUCUGUGGUUUGCAUCAUGGGCUCAGUCAUGCAAACCUCAGCACAAAACAAGAGUACCAUCCUUGCUGGUCGUUUCUUCCUUGGCAUGGGUGCCGUUACCGUCCAAACGGCCGGCACCACUUACGCCGCCGAGCUUGCCCACCCUGCGUAUCGUGCCAUCCUGACCGGUGGCUACCAAUCUUGCUUCUUCAUCGGAACAAUGACGUCGACAUUCAUCGAAUACGGCCUGAGCGGUCUGUCAAACCCUGGUACCAUCGAAUGGCGUAUUCCUUCCAUCCUUCAGUGCUUGCCUUCCGUCAUCCUGUUGUGCUUUGUUUGGAAUAUUCCGGAGACUCCCCGUUGGCUUGUUGCGAACGGGAAGGUUGACAAGGCACGUGAGGUUCUGAUCCGAUAUCACGGAGAAGGCAACCCAAACAGCAAGUUGGUCAAGCUCGAGUUGGCUGAAAUGGAAGCCACUAUUAGCACCCAUGGUUCUGAUAAGCGUUGGUGGGACUUCAGGGAACUGUUCCGUACCCGUGCUAGUAUUCAUCGGAUGACUACCUUGCUUGCAUUCGCAUUGUUCCAGAACCUGAUUUGGCCACCCACAUCUUACUAUAUGCCCCUCAUGCUGAAGAACGCCGGGAUCACCGACUCUCGACGCCAACUUCUCUUGAACGCCGUGCAGACACCCGUCAUGAUUGGCGGUGCACUGAUCAACGUACUCAUCGUCGAACAUGUCAGCCGUCGUUUCCUGUUUAUGUACGGCUCCUGCAUCAUGGUCGCCACUCUAUCAAUCCUCACGGCUUGCACUGCCCUCCAAACCACCCACCCCAAGCUCGGAACGGUUGGUGUCGUAUUCAUCUAUCUCUUCUUGGCCAACUUUGCGAUGACAUGGGUGCCGAUGAUGACCCUGUAUGCCUCCGAGAUCGUGCCUUUCGAGACUCGUGCCAAGGCAAUCGCCCUCUACAAUCUCGCUAUCAACGCAUUCUCGCUUAUCAACUCCUACGUGCCGCCUGUCGCUUUCGAUAAUAUCGGCUGGAAGUUCUAUCUUUUCUACAUCGUUUUCGACUUCGUUGGCAUAUUCGUUGUAUACUUCCUCUUCAUUGAGACGCGCAAGCGGACGCUCGAGGAGAUCGAGGAGAUUUUCCAGUCAUCAAAUCCGGUCAGGACCUCAAUCCAGAUGAGUAAGCGUGCGGCCCGUGAGGCACGAGAGGCUCAGCAGGCGGGAGACCUUGCUGCUUGA